AUGCCCCCGCGGGCCAAGAGCCGGACCGAGGCCCAACCCCCCGCCCCCGGGGGUGGCGCGGCGCGCCGGCGGCCGGUCACGACGGCUGGCCGGGACCCGACCCGCACUGCGACAGACACACGCGCGCCAGAACAGGGCGCCGCGGGGGACGGUCCCCCGCCCGCACGCAACGUCGCCGUCGCGCGGGCGGCGGCGGCGGACACGGAGGAGGCCGCCGCGGCCCCGGGAAGCGAGUCGCGCUCGGGGCGGGGCCCCGGUCGGGCAGCCAGAACAGGCGACGACGGGGAAGGGCUCGGGAGAAGGCCGGCGGCGGCGAGGACCGAGGCGCCGGGGCCUCCAGCACCAGGGGUGGUCCCGCGGCACCCGGAACGGCGACUGGCACCGUCGCCCCGCGCGCAGCUCACGGGGGCUCGGCCCCGCCACCCACCUCCACGGCCAGGGCUCUCCCGCACAUGGCGCCAGCGUCCCACGCCGGGCGCCUGGCACGCGGGCCCCACCCGACUGGAGCCGAGAGCACUUCGCCCGGGGCCACCACCGGCCUCGGUGGCCAGAGGUGACACCCGCGCGGCGAGGCCCAUUUCGGUCCCGGCCGGUGGGCGGCGCGGCCAGGCGUCUGCCUGGGCGGGGGAGCACCGGGGGCAGUGGGGAGCGCGGCGCGCGCCUCGACGGAUGGAGCGCGGGCUCGCGGGAAGGCUCCCAGGGACGGCCUCGGGCGCGGACGGGCCACCAGGAGAACACACGCGGGAUCCCACCGCCAACAACACGCGAGGGCAGUCCCACGACGCCUGGGACGCCGGCUGGCCUCAGCCACCCUUCGGCCUCCCGCGGGCCCAGCCCCACCGCCGGGGCCUACGUGAGGCACCCCCGCCGCCGGGGGCCGCCCCGUCCACCCAGCCACCCGUCUGCCUGUCUGGUCUGCUCCGGGGCCCACGUCCCGAAGGAACGCGCUCGAGAGCGGCGGCGGCCCCCACCCAUGCCCGCACGCCACCACCGGCUGCGGCUCGGGAGCGAGCGGAGAGCCAGCCGCUCGCGGCGGGGCGGAGCCCGGACAGGGCCGGGCCCUCUCCCCGCCCCAGCGCGCGACGGGAGAACCACGCGCACACGCGCGGCCCCGCGCCCGACGACGGCCCGGCCGGGCGUGACCCUCCCCCGACUCGGAGGGGGGAGGCGCCGGCCGCGGUAGGCAAAGAGCGGCUCUGCCCACGCGCCACGGUGGUGGCGUCCGUGGCUACUACGCGCAGAGGAGGGGCGGCGGCUGGGGGGGUCCGGUACCCCAAGGCACCCUCUCGGAUCGCUAGAGAAGGCUUUCUCACCGAGGGCGUGUCGCCCCCGCCCAUCGUCCGCCAUCGGGCCCACCAAGGCGCUUACAGACACCAUGGCCACACAACGCAGGAGGGGUCUGCUGUAGAGGCCGUGACCGAGGGAGGCAGACACUGGGACAGAGGUGCCGAUCAAACAGCACCUCCCAACCAAAGAGCCAGCGCCAAGCCGCUGGCUCGGCCCGCCACGAUCACUCCCACACCCGCGUGGAAACCCCAGCAAGGGGAACACGCGGGCACACGCCCGAGCCUGCCCGCCCCCACACGGCACGCCGUGGGGGGCGACGAGGCACCCGUCCCCCCAGAGGGGGACGGGCAUGCCUCCCUUACCGACUCGACCCCCCGCUCCUCAGACACACCAGCGCAGCGGUCACCUGAGGAGGCCGACGGGAACAGGGAACGACACCGCCACUCGGCCUCGGGCGCCUGA